AUGGAUGAUUACUACUCCAUGGCUUUUGGGUCGUGUGAGGUGCGGACCCACGCACUCAACCUGGAGGCACUUGGGCUGCCGCGUCGGGACCUGGCUCAUUUGGAGGAGCCGUUCUUGCCAGAGGAGGUGGAGAAGGUGAUCAAAUCUAUGCCUCCGGACAAGGCGCUGGGGCCGGACGGAUUCACGGGUCGUUUCUAUGCGGUUUGCUGGCACAUCAUACGGGAUGAUUUCAUGGCUGCAAUGAGCUGCUUCUAUGAUGGAGAUGUUAGAGGCAUGGCAGCGAUUAACAAGUCUCUUGUGACCCUCCUGCCGAAGAAAGAUGGGGCGCUGGAUGUGGGCGACUUCAGACCUACCAACCUAGUGCACGGGGCUGUGAAGAUCUUUGAAAAAUUUAGCGGCCGUUCCUCCUCGAGGUCAUGGAACAGCUUGGUUUUGGACCACGGCGGAGAGCUUGGUGGCUGCUAUCCUGGCUUCGAUGGCAAACCGGCGACAUCAUCGCGCGCACCAAAAAGCAGGGGACAAAACUCUGCUUUCCCAAGCAAACCCAACAGCUUUCCCCACUCCCACUCCCCAACUCCCCACUCCUCACUCCAGCCAGCAAUGACAGACGAUCCCGCCGCCGCGGGGCCCGGCCGAGAAGUGCCGCCGCCGCCGCCGGCCCGGCAGCCGAGGCCGCUCUCUGUCGUCUCCGCCCUCCCCUUCUGGUUCUACCUCACCGCCGCGGUCUCCCUCCUCGCGCUCGUCCUACCGCACCACCUCUCCCCCCACGCCUCCCCUCCCCUCCCGCCCCUCCUCCGCCGCCACCUCUCCGACGGCCGCCUCCUCAAGCUCCACCCGGGCCCCGACCUCUUCGCCGUCACCUCCCGCCCCGCCGCCCACUCCGCCGCGCACCACCACCCCGUGCUCGUCCUCCCGGGCCUCGCCGCCGGAUCCUUCUCCUUCCGCCGCCUCCUCUCCUCCCUCUCGUCCCGGGGCCUCGUCGCCGCGGCCGUCGACCUCCCUGGCCAGGGCCUCUCGCCGCCUCCGGCAGCCCCUCCCGCCCGCACGAACCCGCUCCGGGAGAUCAUGGACCGCGGCAUCUUCCACGCGUUCGAGCACCUCGUCGAGACCGGCGAGGUCCCGUUCCAGGAAACGGCCCACGAGCCGCCCCACUCCUUUUACGCGGCCAACGAGGCGGCCGCGGCCGUGGCCCGUGCCGUGGACGCGCUCGGCCUCGCGCCUGUCCACCUCGUGCUCCACGACUCCGCCCUCGCCGCCGGCGCCGCCUUCGUGUCGGCCAACCCGGCGGCCGUGCAGAGUGUCAGUCUGAUCGACGCCACCGCCACUUUGCCGGCUUUCCCGGCGGCGGUUCUCGGCGUGCCGGUGCUGGGGGGGCUGGCGCUGCGGGUGCCGGCGUUGUUCAAGGGGCUGAUGCGUCUGUCCUGCGCCCGGGGGGUGGAUGCAGAGGAGGCCGACGCGCACAGGGCGGCGAUGCGGGGGCAGGGGAAGAGGGGUGCAGUGUUUGAGGCCUGGAAGGCCAUGAACCAUAGUUUUGACCUGACAGAGUGGAGGAGCUCUUCAGAGGAAGUGAAGAGGCUGCCGAUGAUGGUUCUGUGGUCGGGUUCUUGGUCGGAUAUGUGGAUCGAUGAGGGGAAGAAGGUGACCAAGGCGUUGCCGGACGCCAAAUUCAUCUACCAUUAUGGCGGCCGAUGGCCUCAGGUGGAUGCAUAUGAGGAAAUCUCAAAGUUGAUAGCAGAUUUUGUGACCAUGUUACCAACAACUGCGACAGAGCACAGGUCGAAGAAUAUGGACCAAUCAUCCGGCGAGUCAGUAGAUGCUCACAGCGAUCAUCCAGUUUCAUGAAAACCAGAACUAUCUGAUUCAUGGUUAAGAAAUGCCUCGCGAGCAUCCAUAUUGUUCGACCAGUCGAUGUUCGUCUGCCUUUGACAAGUCUUAACUUGUUCUGCUAGAAGGGGAUGAUGGUCUCUUCUUUACAAUCGCCCCGUUGCUAUCCGUUUCCCCGAUAUCUCCCGGUGAAAGUUUGAAAAAACUUCACCUGUAGGGCCGCUUCUAUUCCUCUUUCAGGUGAUGCUGUCGAAAUGUAACCUGAGACUAUUUUGCCUCAGGGAAGUAGGGUAUUCUGUAACGAGGAUGCGCUCGCAUAACCUGAUUUAGUGUAACUUUUUUUGUUGUCA